AGCUUCCGACAGCGUUUGUCAGGACACGUGGCACUUCAUUCAGUACCUCUCUGUCAAGGCACUGUGAAACCAUGGCGACGCGUGUGACGCAGGCGGCGGCGUUUAAACCCUUUCUCCAAAAUCUCUCGUCUCUCUUCUUAUUCUUCUCCGUCCUCUCCUCGUCUUAGUAUCUUUUCAUCGACCGUUUUGUCGAAACACAAGAGAUUGAAAAGUAACAUGAAAGGAACGAAACGAGUUUCAUCAGGUGCGCGUAAGAAACACAAGAGGAAGAAGAACAUCAGAUUUGUGAAGAGUAUUGUUUCUUACCUCAAAUCCAAUGGAUACAUGUUCGCUCCUCUGUUUUCCAAAUUUCCACUUCUCACGACGGAGUUACAUACGCUUCCGCCGUCGAAUUCCAAAUCAUUGAAAAAGGACGACACCUCCGUGACAGGGGCAGUUGAGUCAUUGGGGUUGGAGAGGGUGAUUAAGAAGAAGAGAAAAACGUCUGAGAACGUUAAGGAAUAUCUAAAAUCAGACUGUCACAUGUACGGACCUGUGACCUCAUCUCCAAUGCUUGCUUCUUCACUUAAAGGGAAAUUGCAAAUAACAAAUUUGGUUACGAUGGAAGUAUCAAAGAGUACUACAACUAUGAGGGAAGAUAACAGCAGUUUUAGGAAUCUACGCUCAGAUAUUGCAGAACAGACAUUACAUAAUGGAAGGAUCAACUCUCCGAAACGAGGAUUGGUUAUCUUAGAAGGACAACGAACUGGACUAAACCGUCAAACAGAUCUUUCAUCAGCUCUUUCCUCUCUACCAGAGGAAAGAGAAAUUGCAUAGUUGAAGAUAAAUAGUAGGAUGAGGCUCAUUCAGAAUUGAUUGUGAAGAAAAUGGUGAAAAGGACUAAAGCUGUGGAGAGCCAGAAAGGAGAAGAUGAUCAAGGGCAAGGAGGGUUAACUAAACAAGUAGUAAUGCGUGUGCACGUGAGCUGCAUUCAAUUGUGUCCCACAUCGCAGACCCUUCCCAUCUGUCAACUCUACACACGCAUGCAAGAAGAAGGAAAAGCUUUAUAGUAUAUGGUAUAUCUAUGCGUUGCGUGUAUCUAACAUUAUUCAUUAUUGCUAUUGAAAUCGAAGAGACAUCAUUCAUAUCU